AUUUAAAUUUAAGAAGUAGGCUCUUACUUUAUACACUCUCAUAUCAAUUCAUUACAACUUAUUCCUCAUCGCAAGCCUUGCAAAAUAAUUCUCGGAAAAAAUGGAGUUCAAUAAGGAUAAUGACUGUAAAAUGGGCUCCAAGGAUUCUGGGCCCAAUAGCGAAUUCAUGCAGCUGAUAUUGUGGCGUAAUUGGCGCAAGACUUCAUUCGUCUUUCUUCUGAUGUUGAUGAUUCUCAUGGACAUUGCCUCAAAUUCAAUCAUCAGUGUUGUAAGCGUUUUUGGCGUGCUGAUUGUGUUGAUCAGCAUGAGCUAUUGCUGCCACAUUUGGGGCAUGCGUAAACUGAGCAAGAGCCAUAUUAUGGAUCAUCCGUAUCAAAACUUUCUGGAGACUGAUGUGAGCAUCUCAGAGGAAUCUGCUGCUCGUCUAGCGCGUUUUAUUGUUAUCAAAGUGAAUCCAAUACUUUGCCAAUUGCGCUCGUUGAUACUUAUUGAGGAUUUUGUGGACUCUUUGAAAUUUCUGAUCGCACUCUGUGGUCUCAAUGUGCUCGGUGACUAUAUCAAUGGCAUGACGAUGGUUUUGAUAGGUUUUGUUAUGCUGUUUACGCUGCCCAAACUUUACGAGUGGAAGAAGCCCUUUAUCAACAAUCAAUUCAAGCACUUGCAGCAACUCAAAACACGCUUGUUUUCAACCAAAAAGAAGUCGCACUCUUCAGCUCCAACUGUCGCCGUGGAUCCUCAGGUUAUAUCUUCGAACAGGCAGAAGUCCAAUGGCAUUGAUUGUGAGAUUGAUCAGCUUAAUAUGGGUCAAUAUAUUUCGGCUGAAUCGGACUAUGACUGGGCACAAGAAGAUGUCUCUAUGGAGGACUAUCAGCAUUACAAGGGGACAUAAGCAGCGAAUUUGUCAUGAUUAAUCAAUUGCAGUUAUAUCAAUAAAAGUUAAACAACUGCAGC